CAACAAUGACAUUGUCCUCAUUCUUCAGCUUGCCGUUCUCUUUCUCUCUCCAAAACCUAUACAUACAUAUAUAUAUAUAUAUAGAGAGAGAGAGAGAGAGAGAGAGAGAGAGUUUUUCAUUGAGAGAGAAAGAGAGUGUUAGGUAAUGGGAUCAUCAACGGCGGCGCAGAGCAACAGCAGCAACAGCAGCUAUGAUUUGUCUUUUAAGAUAUUAUUGAUCGGUGAUUCAGGAGUUGGCAAGAGCAGCUUGCUCCUUAGUUUCAUUUCUAAUGCUAUUGACGAUAUUACCCCUACCAUUGGUGUCGAUUUUAAAAUCAAGACGCUCACUGUUGGUGGGAAAAGAUUGAAGCUUACCGUUUGGGACACAGCUGGACAGGAGAAGUUCAGGACAUUGACAAACUCCUACUUCAGAGGUGCUCAGGGAAUCAUUCUUGUUUACAAUGUGACAAGGAGAGACACAUUCACAAACCUAUCUGAUGUGUGGGCAAAAGAGGUGGAGCUUUACUGUACUAAUGAGGAUUGUAUCAAGAUGCUGGUUGGAAACAAAACUGACAGAGAAUCUGAGAGAGUUGUGAGCAGGGAGGAAGGUGUUGCUCUAGCAAAAGAGCUUGGAAGUUUAUUUCUUGAGUGCAGUGCUAAAACCCGAGCAAAUGUAGAGCAAUGCUUUGAAGAGCUUACCUUAAAGAUAAUGGAGGUACCAAGUCUUCUGGAAGAAGGAUCUGCUCCAGGGAAGAAAAAUAUCUUGAAACAGAAACAAGAACGCCAAACAGCACAGAGUAGUUGUUGCUCAUGAAAACUCUCCAAAACUAGGUCCAACCAUUGACAAAUUUAUCAAAGGCAUGCACUAGAUGGGGGCAGUAAAUGUCACACUUUCGUUUUAUUUUAGUGCUGCUAUUGAAAAGGUAAUAUAAAUUCAGUGUAUAAAAUGGUCAUUUGUCUUUCUCCAUUUUCUUUGUUCAUAUUGGCCAAAUUGCUGAUUUAUGCGUGUUUUUUCAUAAUCAAA